AUGGGGUUCGAGCAGGCCCGUGGCAGUGGGUUGUCAGGUGGAAUCUCCUCAGAUGUGGUGGAGCUGAAUCCUCUCCAGAAGGUCAGAAACUUGAGAAAGAUCUUGGAGAGAGAGGAGAACACUGCACUGAGUGGUGGAAACACUGGGCUCGUCAGCGCAAAAGUCAACAUUUAUACAGGAGCUGAGGGAGGAACUGGUGGAAUUAGUUGCUACUUCACUCUCUCUGGAAGCAGGAAGUUCUUCUGUAAGAACGAAUGUAAAGCAGAAGAUAUUCUGGUUAAAACAGAUGAUGUCAGAGCUCAGAGUGGCAGAUACAGCAUUGACUACAGAAACGGAUCUUCUGGAAGAGGAAUUGUGUCUGUGACCAUCACAAAUCUGAUCAAGUCUGACUCAGGACGGUACAGGUGUGGUCUGGGCGGGACUUCGGAUCCAGAAUCAUUCAGUGACUUUGAGGUCAGAGUUUCAGAUGUGCCACUGGCUGGAUUUUCUGGUUUUAUCCUUACAAAUACUGAAGGAGAAGAUGUCACACUUGGAUGCGGCGAUACUAUUUACGGAACAUGGAAGUUCUUCUGUAAGGGUGAAUGUAAAAAACAAGAGGACAUCAUCAUUGAAACAGAUGGGAACAGAACUCAGAGUGGCAGAUACAGCAUAAAGUAUGAAGUAGGAUCUGCAUUUGGACUGGAAAUGAGCAUCACACAGGUGACCAAGUCAGACACAGGACAGUACAGGUGUGGUUACGGCAGAGCUUUGUCUCCAGAUUCAUACAGCAGGAUUCCGCUCAUUGUCAUAGAUGAGUAA